UUUCCGGGACUGAAACCAGGUACCCUGCCCCUCCUUCUCCCUGGAGCCUCCUGUGUCCCCCAGCAUCAUGUCAGGGUGGAGCAAUGGCACCUACAAUGAGUCCUACACCAGCUUCCUCCUGGUGGGCUUCCCAGGGAUUCAGGAAGCCAGAGCCUUCCUGGUGCUGCCCUUCCUCAGCCUCUACCUGGUGAUCCUCUUCACCAAUGGCCUGGUCAUCCACACUGUGGCCUCCCAGCGGAGCCUGCACCAGCCCAUGUACCUGCUCAUCGCCCUGCUCCUGGCUGUCAAUGUCUGCGCUGCCACCACUGUGCUGCCUGCCAUGCUAUUCAGCUUCUCUGCCCGCUUCAACCACAUCUCCCUCCCUCGAUGCCUCGGGCAGAUGUUCUGCAUCUACUUUCUGGUUUCUAUGGACUGCAACAUCCUCCUGGUCAUGGCUCUGGAUCGCUAUGUGGCUAUCUGCUAUCCUCUUCGCUACCCAGAGAUAGUGACAGGACAGUUACUGGCUGGUCUGGUGGUGCUGGCAGCCACCAGGAGUACAUGCAUCGUUGCUCCAGUGGUGGUGCUGGCCUCCCGGGUCCGCUUCUGCCGCUCAAAUGUGAUCCACCACUUCGCCUGUGAGCACAUGGCUCUGAUGAAGCUCUCCUGUGGGGACAUCUCACUGAAUAAGACUGUGGGGCUCAUUAUACGGACCUUUAAUAGAGUCCUGGAUAUGCUCCUGCUAGGAGCCUCCUACUCCCGCAUCAUCCAUGCUGCCUUCAGGAUCUCAUCAGGUGGAGCACGGUCCAAGGCCCUGAACACCUGUGGCUCCCACCUGCUGGUCAUCUUCACCGUCUACUCCUCUACCAUGUCCUCAUCCAUCGUCUACCGUGUGGCCCGCACUGCCUCCCAAGAUGUGCACAACCUACUCAGUGCCUUCUACCUGUUGCUCCCGUGCCUGGUCAACCCCAUCAUCUAUGGGGCCAGAACCAAGGAAAUCAGGCAACACCUGGUAAGAUCAUUCCUGAGUGCAAGCCCAUGA